AUGGUGCGCGUGCUGGUAAAUAGCGAGGACUGCUCAGUGCAGAUAAAGGGGGGCCUCAUUACAUUCCUCUAUGCCACAGUGGUCAAGGACCCGCUUCUUGUAGCGGCACACAACGUGACCCAGCUGUUGCGGUCUCGCAAGGAUGGCACGACUGCCAAGCUGGUGACGGACGGCAACUCCUACGUGCUGAAGUUUGAGUCUCUGCAGGACAGAGAAGGGUUCAUUGAGUCUAUCGUUCGCGCCCAAGAAGCGGAACAGGCGCUGUCGAACGACGAAUGGGUAGUCUCCACUAUCUGCGACGCUGCCGUCGAGGUCGGGGUCCUGGAUAAAGAGGAGCUCAAGGAGAUCAUGAACGCCGCGGGUCAGCGUGGAGUGGAGCAGGCCUUCGACGCGCUGGAGACCCUCGUCGACCGAGAAACAUUUCAGCUGCUACCCAUUACCGAGCAAAUGGAGAACGACGUGCUGCGCCAAAUUCCUGUGCUCGCGGCGGUCUUCCAGCAGAGAGUCGUGGACAAGGCGACGAAGAAGAGUUUCUGGGAUGCGGUUGUGCGCAAGUACUUCUGCUUCUCGCGCACCUUUCUGGAGGAGGACAUUCAGCGCCUUGAGGGUGCAACGCCAGCGGCCACUCCCGCGCCACCCCCUCCGCCUCCCCUGUCUGGUAGCGCCGCCACCUCGUCCCUCUCUAUCAUCAACGCCUCCUCGAUGAAUGCGCUGCCGAAGGGCGCGGCGAUCGCCAUGGUGGACACCGACAUCAACGAGGAAGAUCUUCUUCACCUGGAGGAGGACGCCGAGCCGCUGCGCCACAGCCUUGAGGGCUUCUUUGCAGCACAUCGGCAUGUGCCCGUGAGCAGUACAGGCGCGCUCCCCCUCAGUGGGGUCGUGCUGCCCUUCCCUCAAGAGACUGCAGAUCCAUCCCCUGCACACCGCCCGCGUUUUGUUGGUCGUCAUGUGCUACAGCAGUUCCCCUCUGAAAUGAUUGAGAAGGCCGCCUUGGAGACGCUUCGCAUGUUCUGGCGCAGCGGUGUGAAGCAGCGAAGAAGCAUCCUCGCCAAGUACACAAGCAGCAGCAAAAAGGGUCGCGGAAGUUUUAUUCAGCGCAUGUGUCUGGAGCAGGCAGAUCGCACGGUGCAGGACACCUAG